AGCCAGCCUUGCCUUGAACUAAGCUUUCUUCUCCAGAAAAGGGGAUGAAAUUCGUACAUCUUCUAGGCCUCCCUACUGGAAGGCCAUAGGGGGGAGCUGCUGAGUUGUUUUCACCAGGGAAAACUCCCGGUUGUCCCUGCUAUGUGCCUGCAUUUUCCUUUUGUGUGUAUGUGUUUUUUCUCUCCGUGGGCGUAGAGCUGCUUCUUGCCCAUCUGAGUCCGAUGAGUCCGCUUUAGUUCUGACUUACUUCUGAUGGAAGAAUCUACAGCUACCCCUGGCACGAGCAGCACAUUUCUGACUGCCUCUUAUGCCAACCUGGAUUCCUCAAAAACGCAAAGCCAAUCCUUGAAAAUAUGAGCCCUGAUACCGCUCACCCAGUCCUGGAUACUUUGUGUUUGUGCUGCCACCGAAAAAACUGGCUUCAGUCCCAGGGGAAAUGCUUCAGCAGCAGCCAACUACAUCCUACGGCCUGAAAUGAGUUUGCACUCUGGAGGACCCCCAACAUGAAUAGAUAUACGACUAUCAAACAGCUGGGAGAUGGGACAUACGGUUCUGUCCUCCUGGGGAGAAGUAUUGAAUCAGGGGAGCUGAUUGCCAUUAAGAGGAUGAAGAGGAAAUUUUAUUCCUGGGAAGAAUGCAUGAAUCUUCGAGAGGUUAAGUCCUUGAAGAAACUCAACCAUGCCAAUGUGGUGAAACUGAAAGAAGUUAUCAGAGAAAAUGAUCAUCUGUACUUCGUAUUCGAAUACAUGAAGGAGAACCUUUAUCAGUUAAUGAAAGAAAGGAACAAAUUGUUUCCGGAAUCCACUGUCAGGAAUAUUAUGUAUCAGAUUCUUCAAGGGCUUGCAUUCAUACAUAAGCACGGUUUUUUUCAUAGAGACUUGAAACCCGAAAAUCUCCUUUGCAUGGGACCGGAACUUGUGAAAAUUGCGGACUUUGGCCUUGCACGGGAAAUUAGGUCCAGGCCUCCCUACACUGACUAUGUAUCCACAAGAUGGUACAGAGCGCCAGAAGUGCUCUUGAGAUCCACUAGCUAUAGUUCUCCCAUUGAUAUCUGGGCUGUUGGUUGCAUCAUGGCAGAGGUUUACACACUCAGGCCGCUUUUCCCAGGGGCCAGCGAAAUUGAUACUAUUUUCAAGAUUUGCCAAAUACUUGGAACGCCAAAAAAGAAUGACUGGCCCGAAGGCUACCAGCUCGCAGGCACCAUGAAUUUCCGCUGGCCGCAGUGCGUCCCAAAUAACCUGAAGACCCUCAUCCCUAACUCAAGCAGUGAAGCAAUUCAGCUCAUGAGAGACAUGCUGCAGUGGGACCCCAAAAAACGUCCGACGGCGAGCCAGGCACUUCGGUAUCCUUACUUCCAGGUUGGCCAAGCACUGGGCGUCUCUCGCUGUAUUCAGGAAGUGGGAAAACAACAGAGAGACCUUCCCGAUAAAGCACAAGUCCACAUCAAACCCAUUCCGCCUGCACAGCCUCCAGCUAAAGCACAAGUCCGCCUUUCGUUCAGACCAUGCCAGCAGAACCAGCCCUCCCAUGCUCUGAUCUACCCAUCCAAAACAGACUCCGCAAUGAGUGACCAUUUAAGGGAAGACAAGCGUAGCCAGGUGGCUUUGCCAUCCAUCCACAGUAAGAUUCCUCCGCAGAAAGCAACCACUGUGACAGAGAAAACAAAUGGUGAACUCAAACCAAAGAACCGGCGUCGAUGGGGACACGUUACUGGAACACUAAAAGGUUCUGACGACUGGGAGGAUUUGGACAGCUGUGAGGUUAACUCUUCCCUUCCCAGAACUGAUUUUAAAAGCAAAGGACAGAAUGUUGAAGCUCUCUGUAGAUUUGAGAGUAUUUUGGAUCUGAAGCCUUCAGCCUGCCUAGGGACUGGAAAUAGUGCACCUUCCUACCUUCGGCAGGACACCCCGACAUUACAAGUUUCUGCAGCCAAGCAACAUUACUUGAAACAUUCUAGGUAUUUACCUGGAAUAAGCACAAGAAAUAAUUUAGUCUCCAGUUCAAGCAAAGAUUCCAUCCCGUCUCAUCCGUGGCCCAGUUCUAAUUUGCCUGGAAAGACAUCAGCCGUGGCAGGAGGGAUCACCAGGCUAAACUCCAGCCACACAGGAUCAAAUGGGCUAGCAGGGGCUUAUAUCCCUUCAUUUCUGAAAAAGGAAGUUGGCUCUGCAGGCCAAAGAGUUCAGUUAGCGCCGAUUAUUGAUCCAUCAACUACAGAUCCAUCUUCUCAAUACAGUUCUCUGAAGUCUGUCAGACCUCAUAUCGGGAUGCCAUCAUUUAAUAUACCUAUGAAAAGCACAUCAGGACUACUGCCGCGUCCACCUCCAGUUCAACCAGUCCAUGGACGAAUUGACUGGUCUUCAAAAUACGGCGCUCACCGUUGAAUCCUUGAGUUGGAUCGUGCAUUUUAUGAACAGUAAUCAGACAAACCCUAGCAACAUUUUAUGAGCUGGGAAGUCUACCAAUCCCUAUUUUCUAGGACCAAGGCAUUUCAAGACUGUUUAAAGGGGUUUAUUUUUAGUUGUAUGUAUCUGAAUGCAAUCUUGUACCAUUUUUUUGUAUUGUUUUUAUUAUAUGAUGGGGCAAUUAUUUUUCAUAGGAUCAAUACACAUUUGUAUAUCAGGCUUAGAAUUGUGGGUUUGUUUUUUGUUGGCAAUUUUAUACGAUGAACUUUGAAACUGACUUUUUAAAAAGAAAACUAUUUUUCCUUUUUGAGGGGGGUAUCACUUUUUUAUACAAGUGACUAUAUGUAGCAGAUUGGGCCAGUAUUUAAUAUAAUUAAGGUGCUGUUAGAAAGAACGGCACUUAGCAAAUACUCUAUCGUGUUAAGUUCUGAACAUGGUCUGUUGGGCAAAGGUUUUGCAUCUGGGGCCUUUUUUUAGCUCUGUAAUUGAAUAGCCACAGCAGUGUUACUGGUCUCUGCUGCAGCAAAACCUAAAAAUGAGUUGGGCAUCUUGCCCUUCAUAUGUCUGAGUAUUAUUUUGGGUCAGUUUGUGCAAUCAACAGGUAAAGCUUUCCCUGAUUUAAGUCACUUCAAGCGGUAGUUUAAAGAUUUCAUAUUUAACACUAAUAGAAACAUACUCUUUGUAUAUAGAAAAUGAGUUUGUCAGAGAAGAAAGGAUUCAGCAUAGCUAUUUUUCUGUGUUCUGGCAGGGUUUUCUUUUUCCUAACACGGAGAAAUGUUCAGGUACAACUGCCUCCAGCCCAAGCUGGUCUAGUCCAGGAUAAGCCUGGCUACUUAAUUCUGUUGAUUGCAUAAACUGGUACAGGGAAAGAGAUGUUGCAGCCGAUACAUGUAAAUGGGCCUUUCUCCUGACCAUGUGCCACUUCAUACUUCAUGCUAGCCUCUUUCCAUAGUGAAAACGAAACUAGCUAUAAAUGGGAAACAUCCUGCUCCAGUGGUGAGAAAUACUUUCUGUAGAGUAGCAAGGCCCUUGGGGAAUAUUUAAAGCAAUAUUUAGUAUGACAAAGCUGGUUCAUAGAGUAAUAUAAAUGAAGUGUUAAGAUAAACACCAGCAGCAAAGUUAAAGAUUUUUAUACAUUCCACUGUCUACGUGUCCUUUAUAUGGCUCGGCUUUUCUGUCCCCAAAUGCAAUGCCGUGGUUUCUAUGUAAGGUUGACAUAAAAUUUAUCCUUUUAAUAAUUAGAGUUUUACCUACAGGAAUGAGUUGACAUGGAAUAUUUUAUAGUAUAAUUAUGUCACAGCCCUUCUAAAACCCAAGGCCAAAUUUUAGUAGAUGUCAGUAAGACAUAUAUUUAAACGUUGGAGCUAAACAAUAGAAAAAGGAAUAAAAAUUGACAGAUUCAAACUUAUCCAUUGUUUUUCUUUAAACGAAAAGAACCAGUGGUUUCAGUUGUGGAGCUAUACAAAGACCGCCCUGUCUGAUUAGGAUUUUGCUAAAAUUUGUUCCGUGAGGGAAAAAAAUAUUGGGGGAAUUAAUCUCUGUAUUUUAGCUCACAGAGAAGGCUCAAGAUGGCCUUUUCUCAGGGAGAAAUGAGCCUAAACCAGCUUUUCAGUCCACAAAACUCCAAAGGCAGGUCUAGAGCGUAGAAUUAUCUUUUUCAAACCCUGGUUUCCUAGCUAUUUCAGUCUGUAGUAGGAAAAAUACUACAUCUUGUGCCACGUGCUGCCCUGCUUUCUCUCUCUGCUACGCAAGGCAGAAACUGCAAAUAGGAAAGCUAAAAUCAUGUGCUAACUUUUGCCCCUUACGGUAGAUUCAGCUGAAGGCUUCCACCUCUUUCACUGGACUUCAGAUCUUCGGCUGAAGCCAGAGGAAUGGUCCAGUCUUCUGACAUCCUGUUGCAAGACCCCUUCCCUCAAUGGCUGUGGCGAACACAGCCAAUGAGAGCAGGCAGACAACAGAACUGAGAAGGUGCAACUGUGUCUGAUUCUCUCACACUUUGACUGGGAAUAUAAAAAACAAUGUCCUCUAGGGUAAGAGGUGGCAAUCACAACAGCUGAGAUCACAACAAAAGUAGUCAGCACAUUUUUUUUAAGAAUGGCAACUGUGCUUUGUUCAAAAGCUCUAACAAUGCAAGAUCAUAACUACCUACCUUAUCCAAAACACAGGGGAAAAAAUAUCCCAAAAGUUGAUGAGCUGUGAACCCAUCACUUGUCUUCAAGUUUGUUACAGCAUUACUGUUGAUAAAUGAACAGUUCCUAACCUUCUCUACCCUCUCCCCACCCACCCCCUCCAGUAACACACAUGAAAUAACACAAUUUUGGCUAUCACUACCCCUGCUGUUUGAUUCUACCAAGUUCAUUGGUUUUUGAGCAAAAGUACAUGGUCUAAAUAUUUCUCAGUUUUUGGACCUGUGGAAACGUGCUCAAUAGCAACUAUUCCCCCCCCCCCCCGGUAUAUUAGCUAUAUUGCUCCAGUAUUUUCUAUAUGCACAACAAAACGGACUAUGCAGUGAUGGCAAUCUACAACGGAGUUUACUCAAAGCACUAUCUGUUCCAUUGCAGUCCUCAAUGGCUGCCUUUUCCCUAUGAGAGUGAUGAAUUAGUAAGGAUGAGCUAUUUUAAAUACUGCGAGGGUGAUGCUUUUUUUUAAAAAAAAAAAUCUCAAAAAACAUUGAUCAGUGUUGUAAUUUGAAUUGUGUGUCUGUAUAGUCUGUUAAAUUGAUUGUUGACUUGGUAUUUUUAUACUCUUGUUUUCGUAUCCUUUCAUUUAUAUACGGUUCAGAAACAGGCUAAACAAUAACAAUGAAAAGUAACUUUUCUACUGUUAGAGCAGGGGUGAGGUAACUACGCCCCCCAGAUAUUGUUGGAUUCCAACUCCCACAAUCCUUGAUCAUUGGCUUGGAGCUGAUGGCAGUUAGAGACCAACAAUAUCUUGAGGACUGCAGGUUUUUACCACUGGUUUAGAGAAAUAAGAAUGGUUUUCCUUCCAGGGAAAAUGAAAAUUGCUAGUAACUCAUGGAGGAUUAUUUAUUUAGUAUUUUUUUUAAAAUGACAGUAGUCUCACCAAUUGUUAAAUGGUUUAAUUGAUCUCUAAUUUUGGUAAUAGCUUUCUUUUAUUAAGGCUGCAAUCCUAAACACAGUUAGGUUGGAACAAGUCCCAUUGAACUCAGGGGAACUUACCUUUGAGUAAAUAUGCUAAGAAUCAUAACUGAUGGUAGCACAGAAGUAUUGACUAUUGUUAGGAAAACUGACUUCGCUGAUUGCUUACUUUUAGGAGAUGUGCCUAGAUUAGUUUACAAUACACAAAUGUCGCUGAAUGUUCAAAGAUUCUGAGUAAAUGUCCUAAUGCCCUCAGUCCUAAUGAAUGCUUACGAUUUGAACAGACAAAAUAUUCUGAAUUCCAUUAAGGCCAUACACACAUGAAAAUAGUUUUACUUCCACUGGCUUAACUCCUACUAAAACCAACGAAACAGCUGCUUAACUUUAAGGGUAGCUCUCCUUGGAUUGUGCAACAACAGUGAUAAAAACCACAGUCUCCCUUAUCUUACACUGAGAUCUUACAUCUUUCUGCAAAACUUGCUACAAGCUAAAUAUUUCUUUGUGCAUUUUUUGUGUUGUCUGUUCAUGUGUUUUGCAAUCGUACCAUUUAUUUUGCAUGCUGAAGAGUAGCUAGCAGCAUGAAGUAUGCACUCACUUCAGUUGGUUGCAAAUAAUCUGCAAUGAAUUGGACAUUCACCCCACCCGUACUAUUGGCUUUCUGAAAUCUUCAAACUACUUAUGGGCACAAUCCUAUGCAUAUUUAAACAAAAAAGAAGUCUUACAUCUCCCAGGACUUUUUUCUGUCUAAACAUGCAUAGGAUUGAAACCAAAGUGGCAAUCAUAAACACACAAAGGAGUCAUAGGAUCACACAAUUACUCCAGGAUGCUUUCCUUCAUUCAGCUUGAGCUACAGUGGCUUAUACAGUUGAUGAAAUUUAUAAAAAUAUCUGUUACUGUUUCCCCCCGCCCCACUACAUAUUCUAUCCAUGUUGAAUAUCUCCACUAUUCUAACUACAAAUUUAACACUGUUUGUGAAUGAUUGCAGCCAAGAAAUGUUUCAUAAAAUCAGAAAAAAACAUAGUCUCCUGUAUCUGAGAAAGUAUGAACAUAUGUUUAUGAAAAAUAACCACAAAGUUAAAUGUGAGUCAAUGGGUAUAAUUGGGAAAAUGAAAGCCUAGCAUGUUUUCUACGUUUGGGUCAUUUGUAAAUUUUUCAACAAAUGCUUCUUUCCUUUUCUGUUGUAAGACACUUCUUCCCAAAAUAAAAUUCUGUUCAAACACUGUUUAA